AUGGACAGUUCUCCUCCAAUGGCUAUUCCCCGCCCGCCAUCUCUGUUAGCCUGCAAGAAGGUGUCUGUUGCACUGCUGGCACUGGCGCUGGUGCCCUGCAGCCCCCAUCUGUCGACACAGACAGCCACUGACUUCGGGGCGAUCCGUGACCUUACGCCUCUCAUGAUGGUGCACGAUCGACAUACGGCAAUCACACCGGAGUUCACGACCUCGCCCAGUAUGCCAACGGGCCACAUCAUGCUUGCAGAGGCAUCACUUGAUGAACUCGAAGCGGCUUCUCAUGAAGUGCGCAUGGACAUCGCGAAGCGAAGUCAGAGUGACCGUGGGACCGGCAUCUCGUAUGAACGUCACGUCCGGAAUUACUUCUCCUGGUGGGCAACCUUUCAACUGCAAGAGACAGCCAAAGUCUCGGGUUGCAUUGCCAUCCCGGCAGAGCUGAUCACGGCCGCGAAGGCCGUCAUGUUUCUCCAAUAUGAAAGUACCCACCCAAAGAGGAAACAUGGCAGCGUGGAUGCGCAAGACAGGACAACCGUCUGGAAGUCUGUGAUAGCACAGGCAAUCUCAGCACUCGAGAGCCAUGGCAAGAACCGCGAACAUCUGCACAAGGAUGUGCCGGAUGCAAGGAUCAGCCUCCAUGCUGACCAGUGCAUCCACACCAUUGAAGAUGCCGCAAAGCACAACGAGCCUCUAAGAAUUGAGAGAGCUUAG